CAGUCCUCUCACACUAUCACAUAAUGUCCAAUCAGAUUGCUGAGACCCCUGUCGCUGAGGUCGCAGCACCAGCUCCGACGCCCGUUUCCGAAACUGUCGCUCCAGAGACUGAGACUACAGACGGCUCCAAAAUUAAUGAGAAUGCAAGCGAUGCCACUGACUUGAGGAGCAAUGAGAAGGCCAAGAUUCUUAAGCAAGUCGAGUUUUAUUUCAGUGACUCAAAUCUUCCUCAGGACAAAUUUAUGACCGAGCUCGUCCGGAAAGCUAAGGAUGGCUACAUCCCUAUCUCGCGCAUUGCGUCCUUUAAGAGGAUGCGUGACUUCAAGGACAUGGCAUUGAUUGUAGAGGCACUUCGUGAGUCAAAGGAAUUGUUAGAGGUCAGCGAAGAUGGCGAAAAGGUUCGUCGCAAGGCAUCCUUCGUUCCAUCCAAGGACCAUUUCCAGAGAAGCAUUUAUGCUAAAGGAUUUGGUGAAGAAACUCCUUCCCUUCAAUUGGAAUUGGAGGAGUACUUUGCAUCCCUAGGUGAUGUAAAGCAGGUGCGCAUGAGACGCAAUGCUGAAACCAAUGUCUUCAAGGGGUCCGUUUUCGUUGAAUAUGCCACAUUGGAUGAGGCUAACAAGGUCGCUUCAACCAAAUUGGAAUACAAUGGAAAGGAGUUGCUCGUCAUGACAAAGGCUGCUUAUUGCGAAAUGAAAGCAAAGGAACUUGGACUAGAUCCCAGCGAGAUCAGGACCCGCUCUCAAAACAAAGGAUUCUCUGACAGCAAGAAGAGGCCAAGGGAAGAAGAGAAACCAGAAACAAUUGAUGAUGUCAAAAACAAAGUCAUCAAGUUGUCUGGUCUCACUGCUGGUGAAAAUGCUGGCCUCAAGGAGAUUAAAGACAGUCUCAAGGAACAUUUCCGUUUUGGAUACGUACAUUGGCCUAGAGAUUCUAAUGUGGUAGAAGUCCAGAUCAAGAGUGAAGAUUUGGAUGCUGCAAAAGUUGUUGCUGACUUGCAGAGUAAGAACUUUGAGUUCAACGGAAUCAAGCCUGAGAUUACGGCUGCCACAGAGGAGGAAGCACAGAAGUUUUUAGAUGAGAAGAAAGCCUGGGAAGCUAACAUGGCCUCACGCGACAACUCCCGCCGUGGAGGCCGCGGUGGCCGUGGUGGUCGUGGAGGGCGUGGGGGUCGCGGCCAUGACCGUAAGAAAAUCCGUACUCGCGACGAUUAGGAUAGAUGCAUUUUGUAUUGUAUUGUUACAUUUUCAAAUGAAGGUCAAUUGUACGC